AUGAGUACCAAGAAAUUUAAACAUAAGUUCCCGCGUCGUUACUGUCCGAUUGACUACUUACUUUGCCAAGGCUUGAAUCGUCAAGGUCUUGGCAUUGUCAAAUUCCAGGGCAAAAGUUUUUUGAUUGAACAACUUUUGCCGGGCGAAAAGGCUCGGGUGGUUAUUUUUUACGAGCUGCGAAAUCAAGGUUUUGGACGAGCGAUUGAAUUACUUAACACUUCGCCCGAGCGAGCUUUGCCGCUUGAUCAUCCUAAGACAAAAUUGGGCGUGUAUCAUUUAGCUCACCUAAGUUUUGCGGCUCAAGAUCAAUUCAAACAAAGUCAACUUGAAAACGUUUUCGGCUCCAAACUACCGCCGAUCAUAGUGGGAGAGCGCACUUACUACCGCAACAAAGUGGUCUUGUCGUACGGCGGUUUUAAAGCGCCCGGACGCUACCGACGCCAAAUUUUUAAGCCCGACCAAAACACGUUUGAUUUGAUGAAGAUUGAUUUUAACGCUUACCCAGCCGACCAGCCUAAGUACAUCGUCAGAAGGUUAGAAAGCGAAAUUGCCGGUCCGCCCGGCACAAAACUUACCACCUACGACACGUUUUUAGGCAAGAAGUUUCGGGUGACAUUAGACUCUUUUUACCAAAUUAACAAAGAAAUGGCUAGCCGGGUUUACCAACUUAUUCAGACGCUAGUUUGA